GAUUAAGUCUCAGGGAAACCAAAAAAAAAAAAAGAACAGAAAAAAAAGAAGUCUCAUAAACCAUGUCCAUUCAAGGGGUGCAAUUGUUUAUUCAAGAUGAUCAUGUGGUGAUGGAUAAUGGGAUACUCCAAGUCACAAUAUCGAAACCCGAGGGAAUCGUCACCGGAGUAAGCUAUCAAGGCAUCGAUAAUCUGCUUGAAAUUCGUAACCAUGAAUCCGAUAGAGGGUACUGGGACCUUGUUUGGAGUGAAGAAGGAACAGGAGGAACAACAGGGACCUCUUACGUAAUAAAAGGGUCAAAAUUCGAAGUGACGGUUGAAAAUGAAGAACAAUUGGAAAUCUCAUUCACUAGAGAUUGGAGUACUUCUUUAGAGGGCAAGCAUGUCCCCUUAAAUAUAGACAAAAGGUUCGUAAUGCUUCGAGGAUCGUCGGGGUUUUACUCAUACGCCAUUUACGAACACUUAAAAGAGUGGCCUGGUUUCAACUUGCCACAAACCAGGGUCGUUUUCAAGCUUAGAAAAGACAAGUUUCGCUACAUGGCAGUGGCAGAUAACCGGCAAAGGCGCAUGCCGUUACCAGAUGACCGAUCACCAAGAAGAAGUAGUCCCCUAGCUUAUCCCGAAGCAGUCCUAAUUGUUCAUCCGGUCGAGUCGGAGUUCAAGGGAGAGGUGGAUGACAAAUAUCAAUACUCUUGCGAAAACAAAGAUCUUCAUGUUCAUGGAUGGAUAUGCAACGAUCCACCGGUGGGGUGGUGGCAAAUCACGCCGAGCAAUGAGUUCCGAUCCGGUGGACCAAUGAAACAAAACCUUACUUCUCAUGUUGGUCCUAUAAAUCUAGCAAUGUUUUUGAGUGCUCAUUACGUUGGGGAGGAAAUGGUGCCGAAGUUUCAACGCGGAGAGCCGUGGAAGAAAGUAUUCGGCCCCGUUUUCGUUUAUCUCAACACUUUGAUUGACAACAAUGAUCCCCUUUGGCUAUGGGAAGAUGCUAAACAAGAGACAAACACCCAAGUCCAAUGUUGGCCUUACAACUUCCUAGCAUCGGACGAUUUUCCAAAAUCCGAGCAGCGAGGUUGCGUUAGUGGUAGAUUACGAGUUAGUGACAGGUAUGUUAGCAAUGAACAUAUAUCAGUAAAUGGUGCUUACGUGGGAUUGGCGCCACCAGGAGAUGUUGGCUCAUGGCAAACAGAAAGCAAGGGUUACCAAUUCUGGACUAAAACAGAUGAAAAUGGCUACUUUUUGAUCAAUGAUAUAAGGGCUGGUGACUAUAAUCUUUAUGCUUGGGUCCCAGGUUUCAUUGGUGAUUACAAAAAUGAUACCAUAAUUACCAUAACUUCAGGUUGUGAUAUCGACAUGGGUGAGCUUGUUUAUGAACCACCAAGAGAUGGGGCUACACUGUGGGAAAUUGGAAUCCCAGAUAGAACUGCAGCAGAGUUCUAUGUACCAGAUCCUGAUCCAAAGUACAUUAAUAAACUAUAUGUGAACCACCCUGAAAAAUAUAGGCAAUAUGGAUUGUGGGAGAGAUACUCAGAUUUAUAUCCUAAUGGAGAUUUAGUUUACACUGUUGGUGUUAGUGAUUACAGAACUGAUUGGUUCUUUGCUCAAGUUACCAGGAAGAAGGAUGAUGGAAAGUAUGAAGGAACCACAUGGCAAAUCAAGUUCAACCUUGAUCAUAUAAACCAAACUGGAACCUACAAACUUCGAGUUGCUCUGGCAACAGCCUAUGUUGCAGAAUUACAAGUUAGAAUCAAUAAUCCAAAGGCAAAUCCCCCACUGUUUACAACAGGAGUGAUUGGACAUGAUAACACCAUUACAAGACAUGGAAUCCAUGGACUGUACGGUCUUUAUAGCAUUGAUUUGAAAGGUACUUUGCUUAUGGAAGGUGAAAACACCAUUUUCUUGACUCAACCAAUGUGUAGCAGUGCAUUACAAGGGCUUAUGUAUGAUUAUAUUCGUUUAGAAGCACCACCUUCUUGACGAUUCCACCAAGAAAUGAGGCAAAUAUAUCAUGCACGCCUUAUGUGAGCUCUUUUUAUUCAAAAAUAAAUAAAUUAAUCAUUAUACUUUAGAUCAAAAAGUAAA